UUUCUCUCAGACACUUGUCGUGCGCCAUUAAUAAUGGAACGUAUGACUGCUUUUCUCAUAUAUUUAUGUCUAAAUCAAGUGUCCUGUGCUGUGACUCCUGUGUUUGUGAAGAAGGGAGAUGAUGUUCUUCUGAAUGUCACAGAAACUGAUGUUCCUGAGAAAUUUACACUCCUCACAUGGAAAUUCAGUACAGAUGAUGUCUUAGUGUCAUUUGUUUCUGGUCCACAUCCAAAGAUCGAGGAUGAAUAUGCUGGAAGAGUUGAGCCUGAUGUGAACAAAUUCUCUGUUAAACUGAAGAAUCUACAAAAGUCAGACAGUGGAGUUUAUGCUGCACGACUGACAGGGUCUCGAGAAAAAAUAGUAGCUGAAUACAACGUCACAGUUCAAGAUCCAGUCUCUCCAGUCAGGCUGACAGUGGUCCACAACAGUUCAGACUUCUGCAACAUCACAGUGACCUGCAGCACAGACGACUCUCACAUCAGCAGCACUUUUAUAUGUGACACCACAACCUGCUAUCAGGAGGGAGGAAACAGAUCAGAGAUCACAAAAGCUGGAGCUUCUUUCCAGGUUUACCUUUCAAACAAAUCAAUCACCUGCAAGCACAGCAACCAGGUCAGCCGAGCCGAAACCGAGACAAGGAUUCUGGAUCGCUGCUCCCAACCUGGUCUAGAAGUACGCAACAAUAACAUUUACAUUGGGAUUGUUGUUGUUGUUGUUGUUGUUUUUGCUGGUCUAUUUUAUCUAAAAAAGAGAAGGAAAUGUAACAUAAAAGUAACUGAAAACACGGAGUACAGUAGUCAUCAGUGUGAAACUAUCCAAACUAAUGGUGAGAGUUCAGCACAUGAUGAACCAGGUCCUUCUCCAACCACCACCUACAGCACGGUGGGAUUUCACACUAGGAUGGACUUUACAGAGACUAAAGGAAAUAAUCAGCCAGAGCCCGUGUAUGCUCAGUGUGAACCUUUCCAAACUAAUGAUGAGAGUUCAGCACAUGAUGAACCAGGUCCUUCUUCAUCCACCACCUACAGCAUGGUGGGAUUUCACUUGGAUGGACUCUACAGAGACUAAAGGAAACAAGCCAGAGACCGUGUAUGCUCAGGUACAAAAACCCAGCAAGAUCUGAGAAACAGCUGCUAGAAGAGGGCAUUGCGUACUUUUGUUUUACACAAUGACCUUCUUCUUCUUUGCCUGAGUACAACUUCCUCACAAUCAUAGACAGUUCAUUUGACAAAAACAAUAUAUCAAACCCAAAAAAUGUCUGUUGUUUGGCUAAGAAUUAUAGUUACUAUCAUAAGUACUGUCAGCUUACAUAUUUACACAGUCAAUUCUUAAGCAUUUAUUCAGCUUUGGCUGCUGUUUUGGACGAUAUUUGAAAUUCUGUUUUAUCAAAGAAAUACAAGGAACUGUGUGGAGAUAAUAUUGUGGCAUUAUAGCAGUGUUAUUAAUAUUUCUUAAAUCUAAUAUAAGUACUAUUUUACAUUUAGGAGUUAUGAUGUCUGUGACUUUUUGUGUGAAUUGUAAGCUUUUUAAUUUUUACGUAUGCCUGUUUCAAAAUGUAUUAACAUUUAUAAAAGUCACUUGUAAAUGAAUGUAAAAAAACAGUUUGACAGUGUUCAAAGACAGAAAAAUUAUUCUGUUCUUUGUUUUGUGGAUAAAUCUGUUAUAGUGAAAUUAUGAGAGAAUGGAAGUGAAAUUGUUAAAGAGAGUAAGUUGUUUAAAUGGAAGCAGGUAUAGAAAAUAGAUGUAUUGAUGGCUGCAUCUAUGAGCUGGAAAAACUAAAAAGAAAAUAUUGUAAUAUAAUCAUUUUUUGUUAAUGACUUAGCUGAUAAAUUUUCCAGAGCUCUGCAGUGAUAGACCAGUUUGAACUGGUAGGUGGUGACUCUUGAUAUGAAUAUAAGUGGUUCCAAGCAGAAGGGGAGGCCUGCAUAGAGGAAAGUUGCCAUGUUUACUGAUUAUUUUGUGGGUUACAGAGUAAACUGUAAACUAGUUUUCUGCUUUUCCAAAUGUCUCAUUUUCCCCGCGAUCACAGGUCAUCUUGGCAUGGUGUUACAGUUAAUGCAACAUAUAAGAUUACAUUCCUUUCUCAUAUUUAUGAAAAGAGUAGGUAGAAAUAUAAAUGUGUAAGUUUUGUAUUAUAAAAAUAAAUGCAUAAA